AUGUCUACCGAAGCACAGAACAGCCAAGACAGGUCUAGAGCAACGUCCCUGUCGGAGACGGUGCCUUCUGCGGUGGAUUCCAGAAGACGCAAGAGCUCGCUCAGCGUGAUCACCUCGAAUUUGGGCCCUCAGAAGGAGGCGACUGAAUCCGCGCUGGGCACAACACAGGCCCAUCGACGCUCGCAUUCCGUAAACUCGCCACUGCACGCGCACAGUGCGCAGGGACUGGGGUCUCCUCUGCCUGGCCAGGAAUCGCAGAACGUGGAUUCUUUGGUCUCGCCCCCACUCAUGAGUUCAGGCAACUCAAGUUCCGCAGGCAUAUUCAACCAUUUUGCCCGUCAAGACCCGCAAAGCCUUGGCGACGCGACUGUUUUGCCUCCGCGCAGCUUCUCCUUCAACAUAAGGAAGGCUUAUCCCCACCUGGGCAUCACAAUAUUGUCUAUCAUCAGCUGGUACGGAUUUUCCCUUACGAUUUCACUCUACAACCGAUGGAUGUUCUCCAACAAGAACUUGGACUUUUCGUUCCCAAUCAUCAUCACAGCGUUCCACCAAUGCAUCCUGUUUCUGCUGAGUAUACUCACACUGGCCAUGAUCCCGCGCUUUAGACUCAAUUACCGCUCCCAUACACAGUACACCGGCGAGGCGGAGCAUCUGAUUUGCGACAAUGGAAACUCCAGCGACGAGCUCAACGAGCUUCUGGAGACGAAGAAGCCCGAACAGCUCAAUUACAGAAUGCCAAUCAGGGAGUAUCUGACCAAGAUACUGCCCUGUUCCGUGGCCUCGGCCGGAGAUAUAGGUCUCGGCAACACGGCUUUUCGGUUCAUCUCGCUUUCGCUCUAUACCAUGAUCAAGACGUCGUCGCUCGUGUUUGUGCUCCUGUGGGGUGUUCUGUUCAAACUCGAGAGAAUGACCUGGAGAAUCGUGUCGAUCGUGCUCAUCAUGACGCUCGGGGUCAUCAUGAUGGUCUGGGGCCAACACGAGGACGAUUCCGAGCGAGCUCCCAGCCCAGACACGCCUGCUACGGGCCAGAUUUUGGCGGAUCCAGACGAAGACGUGACAUCCAGAAUCAUGCGCAGAUUGCUAAGCAGAGAGACCAAAGCUGCACACCUGAUUUUCCUGGGCUCCAUUCUCGUCUUGGGAUCGGCGUGCAUGUCGGGUCUGAGAUGGGCACUCACGCAGAUUAUGCUGAAACGAAACCCACGUACGACUAACCCGAUCCUCACGAUCCUGUACCUGUCUCCGGCAAUGAGCGUGGUGCUGUUGCUCAUGGGCUCUUUGGUCGAAGGGCUGGGCUCUUUUACCAAAAGUCCGAUCUGGGAGGAGAAAGGAUUCGGUCUGACCUGCUUACUGAUUUUGAUUCCUGGACUACUGGCAUUUUUCAUGACUCUGUCGGAAUUUGUGCUUCUUCAGUACGCCUCGUUGUUGACGCUUUCCAUUGCUGGAAUAUUUAAGGAGCUGUUGACCAUAUUCACCUCUUGGCUCCUGUUUGGCGACAAGCUCACCUUCAUCAACCUUGUCGGGCUGGCCGUCACGCUCGCAGAUAUCGUGUGGUACAAUUUCUACCGGUUCGACGAAGUCCAAAACGAAUCCAACGCUAAAAAUAAAGUCACGCCGCCCCCCUCGUUUGACGCGUUAGAGUGCGGGACACAAAGCAGAGACAUCGAGCUCAACGAACUCCGAGACAAUACAUAG